GGCUCCUCCCCCGCGCUCCCCGUCCCUCCCUGCCCUGGGCGCUCAAAGAAGGCGGAAGCAGCGGUGUCCGCCCGCUGUGCCGGGCUCCGGGUGGUCUGUGCAGCCAGCGGUCGCGCGGCCUUUGGGCCGGAGCUUAGUGUCCGGCCGCCUCGUCUCGGAACCCCGCGUCGGCCCUUCCUCGGCGCCUGAGCCCGCCGUGUACGGCAGUCCCGCGCGCUCGAGCGAGAAACUGCUAAUCAAGUUACUAUGAGUCUGAUAAACUGUGAAAACAGCUGUGGAUCCAGCCAGUCUGAAAGCGACUGCUGUGCUGCCAUGGCCAGCUCCUGUAGCACUGCAGCGAAAGACGACAGUGUGAGCGGGGUGCCCAGCACCAGCACGGGGAACCUGUCCAGCUCCUUCAUGGAGGAGAUCCAGGGAUAUGAUGUAGAGUUUGACCCGCCCCUGGAAAGCAAGUACGAGUGCCCCAUCUGCUUGAUGGCUCUGCGGGAAGCAGUGCAGACGCCGUGUGGCCAUCGGUUCUGCAAGGCCUGCAUCAUCAAAUCAAUAAGGGAUGCAGGUCACAAAUGUCCAGUUGACAACGAAAUACUGCUGGAAAAUCAACUAUUUCCUGAUAAUUUUGCAAAACGAGAGAUUCUCUCUCUGAUGGUAAAGUGUCCAAAUGAAGGUUGUUUGCACAAGAUGGAAUUGAGGCAUCUUGAGGACCAUCAAGUACUCUGUGAGUUUGCUCUUGUGAAUUGUUCCCAAUGCCAGCGCCCCUUUCAAAAAUGCCAGUUGAAUAUUCAUAUCCUCACGGAUUGUCCAAGGAGACAGGUUUCUUGUGUAAACUGUGCUGUAUCCAUGCCUUUUGAGGAAAAGGAGAUCCAUGACCAGAACUGUCCUUUGGCAAAUGUCAUCUGUGAAUAUUGCCACACCAUGCUCAUCAGAGAACAGAUGCCUACUCAUUAUGAUCUAGACUGUCCUACAGCCCCGAUCCCCUGCACCUUCAGUACUUUUGGUUGCCAUGAAAAGAUGCAGAGAAAUCACUUGGCACGCCACCUGCAAGAGAAUACCCAGUCGCACAUGAGAAUGUUGGCUCAGGCUGUUCAUAGUUUAAACCUUGCUUUAACUCCUGUGCCUCCACGUGACCUGCUUCCAUACGAUGCUGCCUCUCUGCCCCGGGUUUCCUCUGGGUGCCACCCAGAGGUCCAGAAUUUCCAGGAAACCAUUCAACAGUUAGAGGGUCGCCUUGUAAGACAGGACCAUCAAAUCCGGGAGCUGACUGCGAAAAUGGAAACUCAGUGUAUGUAUGUAAAUGAGCUUAAAGGAACUAUUCGAACCCUCGAGGACAAAGUCGCUGAAAUUGAAGCACAGCAGUGCAAUGGGAUUUACAUUUGGAAAAUUGGCAACUUUGGCAUGCACUUAAAGUCUCAAGAAGAGGAGAAGCCUGUUGUCAUUCAUAGCCCUGGAUUCUACACAGGCAAACCCGGGUACAAACUGUGCAUGCGCCUGCACCUUCAGUUACCAACUGCUCAGCGCUGUGCAAACUAUAUAUCCCUCUUUGUCCACACAAUGCAAGGAGAGUAUGACAGCCACCUCCCUUGGCCCUUCCAGGGUACAAUACGCCUUACAAUUCUUGAUCAGUCUGAAGCCCCAGUAAGGCAAAACCACGAAGAGAUAAUGGAUGCCAAACCAGAGCUGCUUGCCUUCCAGCGGCCCACAAUCCCACGGAAUCCAAAAGGUUUUGGCUAUGUAACUUUCAUGCACUUGGAAGCCCUAAGACAAAGAACCUUCAUUAAGGAUGAUACGUUGUUAGUGCGCUGUGAAGUUUCUACCCGCUUCGACAUGGGUGGCCUUCGCAAGGAGGGUUUUCAGCCACGGAGUACUGAUGCAGGGGUAUAGCAUCCUUUCAUUUGUUUAAAAAGAAAAACUAGAAAAAGUGCCUUUCCUUGCCCUGUGUUUGAGAAUAAUAUGCAAACAAACAAACUAAAAACAGUGGGGAAGGGGUAAUACCAGUGAAUGUUCUUAAAGAGGCCACUUGCUGCAUCCGCCUGUUACAAAUAUCUUACUCAAUUUUUCCUUGGGAAUACAUACUUCAUGUUUUUUUCAGAAAUGUUACAUUUGAAGUCCCCUUGACAGCAGCAAGUACGUCGUCAAUUAGUAUACCUCUUUGCUGUACUUUCAUGGUCAUUUGCCUCAGUGUUCUAUUGUCAAAAAAAAAACAAGUAUAAAAAACAGUGCUAAAGCUCAAACCUUUCAUAAUAAUGGGGUUUGCUUAAAAACUGUGGCUUAUUUUUAUAUUGUAUGAAAUAUAUGAAAUGUGACAUCACUACUGCCUGUACUAGUGCCAAUGAAAGAGUGAAUGCUCUGGAAAGUUAAGUUCUCAUUUUAUUUGACCUCCUAUAGAUUCCAGAGGAUUUUAACCAUAAUCCUUAGAAACUUUAAGUUCUCAUUCACAUCGUUUCUUCCCUCCUGCUGUUUACUGAGCAUACUGGGGCUGGUUUAAAUCCUGAGUAUGGCCUUAUUUAGUGUAAACAUGUCUGUUAAAUCACUUGUUUUUAAGUGUUUCAUUCUGCCUUGCUUGCAUAUUUCCUUGAGGCCACAAAGUGGUGUCUUCCUAGAGUUUAUAAUGCUGAGUCCCGUGUAGACCCCAGCAGCUCAGUGUUACACCAUGGAACCCUUUUUGUCUGUUCAGCACAGAGUGAAUUCCACAGCCCUGCACAUCUUCUGUUUGUUGCAUGCUCACAAAAAUCACAAACAUAAAAAUUAAAAGUGAUUCGCUUGUUAACCAUCAUGACAUCUCACUGGUGAUAACAGAAGCUAUACGAGCUAUGAAUGUUCAGCCUUUUGACUACCCUCUGGCUUAUUUUAUUACAAAAUUGAUUUUCUAAAAGCAGAUUUUUUUUAAACUUAGGCAAUCUUUCAAGGUGCCAGAGAAAUCAUUAAACCAAGGUUGGAACCCGUAGAGAUGGUGACACAACACAAGCUGGCUUGAGUAGGUUGCUUUAGUCCAGUCAUUGUAGGUUCCGAGGAGGGUUUUGUGGAAUGUGCUGCAGUAAAGAAUCAAAAAGAUCCACCCACUGCUUUUUUACACAAGACUAUUCAACGUUUGAAUAAAUGGUAAUGGUUAUAUCUCCCAAAAGGGCAAAUCAGAACCUCCAGCCAGCAUUCAAGAUCUACCUUAAUUUCAAGAGGAAGCUCAGAGUCCUUGUAUGUGGCAAGAAGUCUGGUUUUCCAUUCCAAGUAGCUCUAGAAGUGUCACUGUGACCUUCCCCUGUAUUUUUCUCUCUACCCCUUUAAUGCUCUGUCCCAUGUUAAAGCGUGAUGGUAAAGACCUGGUUCCUGCACCACGUGCAUGCUGCUGAUUCAUCACUAGUUACCAGUUUAUUUCCUGACAGUUUGUGUCCCUUCGCUCUUUUUCCCAAACAGCUCCUGAGAAUCAUUGCAGCACCACCCACUAAGUAGGGAAACCUGUGCUACUGUUAUUCCUGCCAUUGUUUGUCAGUGAAUAAAUAAUCAAAUUCCAUUUAAAAAGUAAGCAGUGGUUAUUUUUGUUUUUGCAUAGAAAAAGCCUGAAAGAAAUAUCCUAAAUUAUUUUUGAUGGCUUAUUUUUUGUGCCUCCUUGCACUUUUUACAUUUUCUAUAAUAAGCAUGUACCUUUAUCAGAGAAGAAAAUUCAGUGUUGCCUCAGAAAGUCAACUCCUCAUUUAAAAAAGGAAGUGAUAUUUAAAAGCUUCCUGGUUAAAUUUCUAUUAAAAGCAUGUCUCUGCAAUAGGUACUAAGAGGAGUCAUUUCCUGCCUUGGUUAUGUUAUAUUUUUAUUUAUUUAUUUAUUUAUUUUUUGCUCAGAAACCUUAAAAACUGCCUUUUGCCUACCUUUAACUUUUCUUAGCUUCAAGUUUCCCAUCUGUAAAAUAAGUUGGACUGAAUGUUUCUAUGGUCCCCUCCAACCAUAAACUUCUGUCUUAAAAAAUUGAGUUUUAACCCACAGAAUGUGGAUAAUGCCUAUUAAAGGAUUUUGCUGGUAGAAAAUUGCUUUUUAGCUUUCUCUUUGCUGAGACUAAUGCUUUAUUUCAACUUAGUGUCCAUCAGCUGGGUCACCUCUAAGUGAGCAAUUUUUGUAAUUCCCAACAUUCAGCAUUUUGUAAUAAACCAGUCAUUUUAUACUAGUCAUUUAUUGUGGAUACAGAGUAAAGCCAACUGUCAAGCGGUCAUUCAGAUAGAAAGUUUUAGAUAAGAUUUAACUUGGAAUUAAGUCUUAACCUAGAAAUUGAUUUCUUUAUAUUGAGAUCUCUUACCCCAUUCCUAAGCAUACCAGUUUCACCUGAUAAGUCUGCAAGCAUUUAAGCUGUAAAUUUGUAGUUUGAUAACCAUCAUUUAACAGUCAUCUUUUGCCAUCUUUAACUUUUAAAAAAUUGUUUACUGUUUUGCAGAGUUGUCCAACCCUACGUUGCAAUUCAAACAUUUUGCUCUUAGAAAAUAAGUCUGGAUGCUGACUUGUAGUUUGGUAGUUUAUCACUGUCCUUCGGCUGUUUGUGCAGUAGCAGUUUCUGGCUAUACUAAAAUGUAAUUCACCUUUUAUUUUGGCGAUGAAUAGUAGAAAAAAAAUUAGAAUGAAAGGUGGGGUUUUUAUUACCCUGAUGAUGGAUGACCUCUAGCAGUUAAUUUUUGUGACUGAUAAAAACUAUGUUCUUGGGUACUGGUUCUGUACCAGUAAGUCUCAGGCAAACUAAGAACCUGCAUAUGAAUUAAUGCAUGCAAUUAGAAUUCAUUCUCUUUACAGAGGAGUAAUUUCUUGUCAUUCUUCUUUAUCCAGGGAUUUCUCAAAUCUCUGGUGACCAAAACCAUUUAGAUUUUUCUAACUUAAGGCUUAGAAAUACAUUUCUUUUUCUUUUGGUAUUGGGGAUCGAACUCAGGACCUCACGCUUGCCAGGCAGGCACUGUGCCACUGAGCUAAAUCCCCAGCCCAGAAAUACAUUUCUUUUAUUCAGUUAACACAGCUCUGCACUUGGCUUGCCUUAGUUAAAUUCUGUUCAUUGUUUUAUAUAAAAUACCAUUAGGUAUUUUUUGUGUGUGUGAUCCCUAGUUCCUUAGAAGCCUUGGGGGAAAAGAAAUGGUAGUUUAUGUUUUCUUUUGAAAUUCUUUUUUUAAAUUCCCAGAUUCACAUGCUAGCCUGUGGCUAGCUCUCACGUUGAGUCAAAUUCAGACACAUGCAAGAAGAUGCCUGGUUGUUUCACAAAACAAUUCCUAUGUUUUAAAGUUCCCCAUCCCUCCUCUGCCUAGAAAGGCAGGGGUCAUGAUACAAUAAAGCUGAGAAAUAAUUCUAGGUGGGAAAAAGGUUUUUGUGGAAUAGGAGAUGUGGCACUCCUUUUCCUGUCAAAGUGCUUUCUCUGCAGGACGCCAGUCCUGUGUAAGACAGAGGGAAGGAAGGGCGUGCUGCUCUGCUGCUCGGGAGGUUGGCAUCUCUGAAUGGAGCUCACUCCUGCUCCCAGAAAGCCACCAAAGCAACAGUAACCAAUUUGCUUCCAUGCUGGCCCCCAGGAGAAGGUAAAAUGUUUGUGGGGCAGGCACAAUGUUCUGGUCACUUAUGUCCGUCCUUGGCAUAGUAUUUGUCAUGGAGUGCACACACAAACAUGUAAAAACAUUAAAUGAAAUUAGUGUAAUAACAUUAAAUGAAAGCAAGGGCUGGAACUGAGCAGUUUCUGAUAGUAUGUUGUGUAAUAGGUUUGCUAAGGCAUAGAUGUUACUCUCAACAACUUCUCUCAGCACUUUGUUGUGAAAUUUUUUCAGACAUACAGCAAAGUUUAAAACUUAGUGGACAUCUUCCACCUAGAAUCUACAAUAACAUUUUGCUGUAUUUGCUCUCUAAUUUAAUAGAUACUACUUUUAACUAGGCUUCAAGCUUUGGUUUCUCUUCUGUGUCCUAAAAUAAUUGAGCAGCUAGAAUUGAGUUUUCUUAAAUUCUCUGGGGUAACUUGUUAUAUUUGUAACUAGAAUUGUAGUCCUCACUUUAAUUUUAAACUUUUGUGUAAAUGUUAGGCUGAAUUUUUCUUAUUUAUUUUGCCUGAAGGGAUAUUUUUAUAAUGCAUCUAUCUGAAAGCCCUUGAUCAGUUGUGCAGACUAUUGUGAUGUUAUUUUCACACUUGAUAAAUUAUCCAAUUAAUUUCUUUGGUGAGAAUGUAUUUUUGGGCCCAUUUUAUUUAUAUAAGGUUCCAGGAUUAUGUUCCCUAGGGCCUGAAGAAGCUGUGUAAUUUAGCAUAUAAACCACCAAAUUAGGAACUAAGAUAAAUUUUACUCCUGACUGACCAUGGGCAAAUCAGUUUUCUUUGUCUUUGUGAUAUUUUAUCUACCUGCGAUGGGGGAACUAAAAUUUGAAAUUUAGAUAUUAUUAUUAUUCUUCAAUGGGUAACAUUUAUUAAUGCUUGGAUCUGUGUAAGAAGAAACUUUCUGAAUCCAGAGAAGCUUCUUAUAAUCCUGUAACUGUAUGGCAGACUAUGAAAUGAAAUCUGACUUUCGAAAAAUUGAAAUAUCCAGUGGUCAGAGUAUCUUACCAGAAAACCUUCUGUUGCUCAGCAAUUAUAUUGCCAUGGAAUUUGUAAGUCUUUGUAAUUCAUGUGGAUUCUGAAAAUAGGUGCUUUCUUUCCAAGUAGAGAAAGUGAAUGUAAAGAUGAGUAUCAGGUGAUGGUGAUCAGAGACUGAAAAUGAGUGUUCAGUUUGGAAGAAGGUUGUACUGAAGGGACAGAUUUAAAAAUUAGCCCCAUUAAGUGUAGCACACCCUCCCUAAGCCAUGCUCCUGCAGUGGCUUUGCCUAAAGCCUCAGGCCAUCUCCAGCAGGUCAGUGUGGUGAACUGCAGGGCUGGCAGAGAGGGAAAGACUGGCACAAACAGAUCUGUACUCCCUCUGAUAAGUGAGUGUGACCUGUGCCUUCUGAAUCAAGCUAUGAAUGUGAAUUCACAUUGAUCUCACAAAAGCAGCUGGAGUUUUUACUUUAAUCCUGUCUUAGUCAUUGCAAGGAUGUGACUGAAACAGUCUUCCUUGAAUGACACCUUAUGAAAUAUAAAUUUAGAAGAAAACAAAUGCCAGACUGAUGUACCUUCUCCCUCUCGUUGUUAUUCCUUCAUCAGCCUGUAUAUUGCAAGAAUAUCUUUACAAAAAGAGUACUCUUGAUUAAAGUGAAAUAUCUAUUAAAAUAUAAACAAUAUUCCAAGUGGUAUUUAAUAAAAGAACCAGACUGCUUUGA